GACAAUCGCCACCCUUUCACUCCCGUCAUUGUCCCGUCAGUUGAGGGUCUUCAACAUGACGGUUGUCGCUGAAGAUCUAAUCAGAAGGCCCUUGGAGAGGGCGAACAAAGUUGGGGCUGCUUUCGUUAUCCCGAAGCAUACUUGUGUUUGCUGUCAUAUGUUUGAACCCUUUUUGGGGUACUGAUCAAGGUCAAUUUGUUGGCUCCUGAACAACCAAGGCCAGUCAAAUCUCUGGGCGAAGAGCCAGUCAGUUCAGUUUAGGAGGUCUCAUCGACACCCAACUUAGUACAAGCUCCGACCAUCUGCACCACCGCCAGCAAGAAAUCUAGGUCACUAUCCUCUUCGCUUCGUGGCCUCUUCACUAACUUUCAGAGGCGUACAGAAAGUUUCCGACCCGCAUCUUACCCCAGCUUUCGCCUUGCAGAUAAACGAGAAUGCACUAGCAUCUCGUCCAUCAUCUGUACAUGCCAAACGUAAAAAUGGUUCAUCGAUCUGACCUGCCUUCUCGUAGAUCUCGUCUCAUUGUAUCCUUCACCGCCUUCGUCGCUCUGUAACUAUUAACGUCUUGUGCGGAAUUUUGCAUCUAUCUUAUAAAGCCUCCCUUCAUGGCCAUAUUCUUCCAUCUUUUCAUACGCACCCUCAAGACAUUAAUACUCGUAUCCUUUAGGACGCUGCCUACGCGCGUACGAAGAUCCUUAUCUUUUUGUCAAAUCCAGAGACAUCCAGGUACUCGAUUGAUUAUCCCGACCUGUCCUGGCCCUCGUACACGUUUUUGAUUGAACCCGAGUCUAUAUAUAUAAAACAUGGGUGCUUCCGUCAGCUCCUUGGCCGUUCCAUAUCAUACCUCAAUAAAAGAGAAGGCGAAUGUUCUUCCCUGUUCACAACUCCCCAUGAUCUCUCAAGUUCAGUCAUCAUCAACCCCGCAAUUUCUCCAGCAACGCCAACACCCGCACUUUAGCUCGAGGUCUUCGAACACCAUCCGUACCACCACAAAGGGCAGGCCAGCACUCAUUUCUCCAGUACCUCCGGUCGAUCAUGAUACCUAUUCAGCAUCGUCUAAAGCCGGUUUCAGACGUCCUGCGAUAUCUUCUCAGGGCGACCUUCUGUUGUUGCAUUCGAAAUCAAAAAUCUCCCAGGACUCUUUUCCACCCGUUUUGUCCGGUAGCAAUGUAUAUCCCACUGUAUCGACCCUUCCUCGACUCCACUCAACUGGUGCACUCAACGGAAGCGAUACAUUUCCGCGCGCAUUGAAAACCCAGAGCCACUCUUUACCGAGACAUGGUCCCAUUUCAAUGCCAGACUCCACUCAGCGCCCUAGUAAACCGAGUUUGGCUACAACAGGCGGAAAUUCUUCUAAUGUCAGGGCUGCUCCGGUUUGUGUUGACACGUCCGAGACGCGAAAACGAAUCCAUCAAACUAGUGAGACGCGCGCUGUCAUCAAGUCGCCCUCUUGGAGCACCAUGGGUUCAUCUUCCUCUUCCUCUUCCGGUGCCUUCUCAUCGAGAGAUGCACAUCGUCGUUCUUCUAGUCGUCUCGAUCAUGAAGAAGUAGGUAGCCACCUGAAACGAAGAAUACGCGAAGACAUUAAACUGAAGCCCAUUCGUGAGGUGGAGAUUGGAGGUCAUCACAUCCAGGUCAAUACCAACAAGCUUCUUUCCCGCCCCCCGGGUUUGGGCAGUAACCGUAAUAGCGCGAUUGGUACCGGAGUGCAAACACCGGCCACCGCUCCAGCACCUACGACCAUCUUUCCCGCAGAGAUCCCUUUCCUUUCUCAGACAAAAAGACUGAGCCAGAUCUUGGCUAGGUCUUCAUUAGUGGUUCUUUCACCACCCAGUCGCUCCGUUGAUCGCCUUGGUAAUGACGAGGCCUCCGUAAAGGAGCAGGAUGAUCGACAAGUGAACUUCCGAAACGUAUCGCAUCUUAUUGAUGUUGAAGGUGUAGGGGGUGCCGUGGACAACCUGACAGACAUUCCCGAGAUCACCUCGACGACAGACGCGGAUGGUGGCAAAGAACUCGAUGAAGGACGCGCAGGGAAGUUCCUGCCCCUCUCUCUGUACCUUUCCGACACAGAUCGCCUGUCUAGUCUGCUUCAAUUUCUUUCCUUUUCGGACUGGUGUAGUCUUUUCAACACGUCGAAAGAGAUACGAAUGAUGAUAUCGCAGAAUGAGCUUCUGAGAGAAGAGGUUUUGGAAAGAUUCCUACGAGAGGUCGGUUACUGUCGUUGGGUCUGGCGUGAACCCGAACCUAUCUCCAUCUCCCUCACGGAUAUGUUUUAUUACCUGAAAAAUGCCUUUACACCGACGCAUGAUUACGUUGAGGUCGCGCAACAGUUCUUGAAGUCUCAACCGAACGAUAAUGAAGAGGUUCCCAAGCGUGUAUCAAGACUCGCUCACGCGACGAGGUCUUACAACCGGCUGGUGCUUCGUCUCAGAGCCCAGGCGGAAAUGCUUGAACAUUGCGACACAUUGUCUUGCUCUGGCUCAAGUUCCUCAAGUUCUUCAUCCUCACGCAGAUCUUCCCCCUAUUCUAUACCUGAUAUAGCUGGUCUCACCUCAUCCUUCAUCUCCAGUAGUGCGGAACACUCUCAACAACGUCAUCACGCUUCUUCUCCUUCAGAUAGCACUUCAUUCCACUCACCACUUUAUCGCCCCAACCGGGCAGCAUUGUUGCGGGUCUUUGUACCGUCACCAAAAGGAGAAUGGCUCUCAGAUGACAGUGUGUUGGAAUGCGAAGAUGAACUCAAGCGUGCGGAGUUAACGAGGCUCAUGAGGCUCGGUGACGUUAUAUGGGACAUUGCUCUCGGCGAUGAGAAGGGUAAUUUGGGUAAGCUGAUAUGGGAUGGAUGCUAUCUUCUCGAUUUGGAUUACACAUACUCUUCCACUGGAGAUAUUCCCAGACACAUCCCUAGCCUCGCAAUACCUCCAUCGUAUUUCCACGGCAUAAUUCAGCGAGGACCAUUGAACAUGGAUCCUAUAGUUCGGAUGGAUGUCAGUCCGUGGGGCGAGGAGAUUGCGAGGAAUUUGCAAUUGAUGCAGGAUAGGAUGAUGGUGGAGACACCUCAAGGAUUGAAGAAUGUCGUAAGAUGGGUUCAUCGGACUACUUUCAAUAUCCGCCCUCCAUCGAUUCGCAGUACCUCAUCCUCAGGGGCUCGAUAUUGGGCUCAGACAGGAAUUCCUAUCCGCGACUCGAAUGGUCACACAGUUCAUUCAGCUUGGUAUGGCUCGAUUGUGAUAGAGACUGACGGAACGAGUGAAAGUCUUGAUGACUUGAAAGAGAGAUGUGGGCUUGGUGUUUUCCCGCAGAGAGCAGUGGUGAUGGGGAGACAUGGUAAGCAGAGAGGACGUCAUGAGAAGAUGGUGUGGCGGAUUCUAAGAGAAAAGAGUCGUCCUGGAGAGAUUUGGAUCAGGGUUAUAACUCCCAAAGAACGGUUGAUGUAGAGUUGCAGGUUCAUUCCUCUUUCUUGCACCUUUAAUUGUACAGUAGACAAUUUCAUAAUCGGUAACACAUACAACUUACAGUACAAUCUCAACAUGCAUACACCUCAGC